CGCCUCUGUGUCUAGGUGGGAGUCAGUGUGGCCGGGUUUGUACCGUGACCUGUCACUAUUGUCUUGAACAGGACCGGGAGGAUUCAUCAAGAUAUCGGCAGACUCCCCCGAGCGAUGCUGUCCAGGCUGCGGCUGGCCGCCAGGCCCUGCGUGUGCGCGAGCCGGGCCGUCCACACCAAGGAGAAAGGGAAGCCCCUCAUGCUCAACCCCAGGACUAACAAGGGAAUGGCGUUCACGUUGCAAGAGAGGCAGAUCCUGGGCCUGCAGGGCCUUCUCCCUCCCAAGAUCGAAACCCAGGACAUCCAGGCAAUGCGCUUCAAGAGGAACCUGGAGAAAAUGACGGAUCCCUUAGAGAAAUACAUCUACGUGAUGGGGAUCCAGGAGAGGAACGAGAGGCUGUUCUACCGCAUCCUGCAGGAGGAGAUUGAGAAGCUCAUGCCUAUAGUCUACACCCCCACUGUAGGCCUGGCGUGUUCACAGUACGGGCACAUCUUCCGCAGACCCAAGGGCUUGUUUAUUUCCAUAUUGGACAGAGGCCAUAUCAAGUCUGUCAUGGACAACUGGCCAGAGCCUGAUGUAAAGGCGGUGGUGGUGACUGACGGAGAACGGAUUCUGGGUCUCGGGGACCUGGGGGUAUACGGGAUGGGCAUCCCGGUAGGGAAGCUGUGCCUGUACACGGCCUGUGCUGGCAUCAAACCCGAGAAGUGCCUUCCAGUCUGCAUCGAUGUGGGCACCGACAAUCCCACACUGUUGAAGGAUCCCUUUUACAUGGGCCUGUACCAGAAACGGGACCGCUCUCAGCUCUACGACGACCUCAUCGACGAGUUCAUGGAGGCAGUGGUGAAUAAGUAUGGACAAAACACCCUCAUUCAGUUUGAAGACUUUGGGAACCAUAAUGCAUUCAGAUUCCUGCGCAAGUACAGGGAGAAGUAUUGCACCUUCAAUGAUGACAUUCAAGGUACAGCCUCAGUGGCGCUGGCCGGACUGCUGGCAGCACAGCGGGUGAUUGGGAAGCCCAUCACUGAGCACCGAGUUCUUUUCCUGGGUGCAGGAGAGGCUGCUCUGGGAAUCGCUAACCUGAUUGUCAUGGCCAUGAUGGAGGCAGGGGUGUCACAAGCAGAAGCCAGAAAGAAAAUCUGGAUGUUUGACAAAUAUGGCCUAUUGGUGCAGGACCGGCCAGAAAUAACGGACGGUAACCAGGAGGCCUUUGUACACCAGAGUCCUGGAGAAACAGUCAAGAGCUUUCUUGAUGCUGUUAACGUCCUCAAACCUACGGCCAUAAUCGGAGUGGCAGGUGCAGGCAAGCUUUUCACCAAUGAAGUCCUCAAGGCCAUGGCCUCUCUCAAUGAGCGCCCCAUAAUAUUUGCUCUCAGCAACCCCACAACUAAGGCAGAGUGCACUGCUGAGGAGGCCUACACUGUGACAGAGGGCCGCUGUCUGUUUGCCAGCGGCAGCCCUUUUGGAACUGUGACUCUGAGCGACGGCCGCGUGUUCACGCCAGGACAGGGGAACAACGCCUACAUAUUCCCAGGUGUAGCCCUGGCUGUGAUUCUCAGCGGAGUACGUCACAUCAGUGACACGGUCUUCUUGGAAGCUGCUAAGGCCCUUGCAGAGCAGCUGACUGAUGAGGAGAUGAGCCAGGGAAGACUGUACCCGCAGCUGUCCAACAUUAGAGAGGUGUCCAUUCGCAUUGCUGUUAAGGUGGUAGAGUACCUGUACGCCAACGGUGUGGCGUUCCACUAUCCUGAGCCCCUGGAUAAGGAUGGCUACAUCAGGUCCAAGGUGUGGAACACCGACUACGACUCCUUCCUGCCCGAUAUUUAUGAAUGGCCAGAGUCCGCUGCCAAGCCUCCAAAGAUAGUCUAAUAGCAGCGCGGUAUCACGCCAGCUGAGAGUCUAGCACAGCCCCCUAGGUCAGCUCCUCGUUCAGUGCUCCCACAUCUUACUCCCUUUUAGUGCUUAUUUGUAACAUCUGAGCAAGUUCUUUUCAGAAUCUUAUGCCUACUGAACAUAGUGACCCCUGAAGGUGUCUGAGAACAUCAGAGUGAGAACCAGAACCAAACUGUCAUCUUCAUUCUUAACUUUCUGUUCACACUCCAAUCCAGCCAUCCACUCCUGGCUGUGAUCUGUCAGAACACGCCGGUUUCCUUUGAUAAGAUGCAAACACAGCCCUUUUCAGUCUUGACUACGCCACGCACUUUGAAACGCAUUGAAAGCACAAAAAACUCCAAAUGAAAAUGGCCUAGGAAUGGCCUAGGGUCUGUUUUUCUUUCCUUAUUUGUCUUAUUUCCAUACCCUCAAAAUAUUCAGGGGAUUAACAUUUAUAACCUGCACUCCAUGAUUAUAUUGUUGAGGUUUUGGUUCAGUGAAGGGAGCUUCACACAGAUACACUGCGAGAGAGUUUGUGGCUCACUCCCGGCAGCUCAGAAACAAACAUUUAACACCACAUCCUGGGACUCGUUGCCUCUGAGGUUGGGUGUUUUUUCUGUCUUCUGUCAUUGUUGUCAGGCGGUUAUUGAUCGAUUAUUGUAUCAGUGGAUAAUUUUUAGCAGACCAUAUCUGCAGAAUCCAAAGGAAUGGAUUUUAAUUUCCCAGCUGUGUCUUUAACCAGCUGAGGCCUGCAGAUGGCAGCAUUGACAAGGAGCAUGAGCACUUUCUUGGUGGCAUGUCACAAGUUGAAUCUAGGUGUUUCCGGCUCUUCUGCAGAGCUUACAGCAUUCCAGUCUUUGCUUUGAAGCACUGUGCGAGACCAGGUGUACAAGAAUCAAAUCUUUGGCCUCCCAUUACCAUCCCAGCACUUAAUGACGAGUUCCCGUUGGGACAAAAUAAAAACAGGGCUGGUAGUUUGCUGGUGGCAGGAGCAUUGAAGUGUUGAUUCAGUUGAGUUAAUCAGCUUCUGCAUCUAAAUACAAGUGGGGUUUUCAUGUCUGAAACUGAACAGUUACUGGAAACAUGCAUCAUUAUAUGCGCUUGUUAGUUCCUAAACUAAGGACUAUUAAGCAGUGAUAGUGGUGGAGAAUACAUGAUUUACUAAACCACAUAAUUUAUAGUAUUUUCAUGGUGCUAUCCAAGUCACAACAGCAGUAUGAGCAUCACAACCCCCUACUGAGGUUGACCAUUUUAACUGUGAAAGGGUGUCUACUUUCUUGAGAUUACUGCAUAGCAAGAGUUAUACUGAAAAAGACUUACCAGUUAUGUUCAAUUACUUUUUUUAAAUUUCAUAUUACAACAUGUUUACAUAUUUACAAAAGGCCAGUUCAGGAUUAUACUCACCCCAACAUAUUCAAUGCCAAAGAAAAUCUGUUUAUACAGGUACAGUGGUGUGCUGAGAGAACCUAAAUUUAUAGGUUUUUUAAAUUAAAGAUCUGUUUCAUUUUUUAAACUAUUAUUGACUUGUGUUGAUGUAUAAUUUCACUGAAGUUAAUCAAAUGUUGAUGAAGAUGUGAGUUGUUUGCACACUCUCUAAAACAUUCAUUCUGAACCCUUGUAUAUGCUGUGUUUUUAUCAGUGCCACUAACAUGCAAAUCCCUCUUUUGAACUUUCAGUCUCAAAAUAUUAAAAACAGUAUUUCCCUUUUCCACCAGAUAUCUUAAAACAUGGGUUAUUAAAACCUGAUUUUGUCAAGUGUAUUUUUGGGGGGUUAAAGAGAUUUUUAUUUUUUUAUUAAAAGGGAAACAUUUUUCCUUAACAUCUGCUCAUAAAUCUAAGAAAAAAUAUUUAGAGCUGUUGAUAUAAAUCCUAAAUUGACCAUCUACUUGUGGUCAUGGAAUCUGAUGCACCUUUUCCUCCCAAGUGCCUGCUGGGAUUUUCUGCUUUCCUUCCUUGGGAAGUUUCUGCAGCCUUGUACUGCAGAUCUUUAUCCCCACAUGGGCUGGGUAGUUGUUGAAGACUCUGCAGCUUUGUCUUGACGCACAUCAGCAACAGGGCCAAUACUAAUAUACACUCCAGUUUUCUCCAACCCCGGUCCUGGUGCCCCAGUCCAGUUGGUCUUCUUGGUCACCUGUUUCAAAAGAUUGCUAACACCUACAAGGUAUUGAUGAAUCAAACAAACCAUCUCUUCAUUUAAGAGAACCUUGAGGACUGAACAGCACAUAGAUAUUAAUUCUAAAUCAUCUCCAAAUUGCUUAAUUUAACAAACCACCUGUUUUAUUGAUCAGAAAGUAAUUGUUCCAGAUCUUUAGAAAUUGGUGACCAACAGAGCCUGCUGGAUUGGAACUCUACAGGAGCAGGAUUGGUGACCCCUCUGCUAAACCUUUUCCUUACUGUAAUUUUAUGGUUACAAAAUACCACAGACAUAACAAUUUCAGUUCCACACGUUCCGUCCCCUUUCUUGUGCACUGUUGAUUAUUUAAAAAAUGAUUCAAUAUUUGUCUUAAGGGUGUACAGAUUUUGUAUGGCAGUAAUCUUCUCAGAUCCACUGAAGUCCAAGCACGGGUGGUACUUCUAAGCAGUGAACCUAGUUCCCAGUCCUGAUCCUGGGGUCUCACACAUGCUGGUUUUCAUUGAAGCUGAGAUGUAGCUUUAAAUGAGUCCUUAACUGAACCAACAAGGUGCUUGGUUAAAACCUUUGUUUUGAAAAAACAAAAAAGUUUGUUUUUUCCCCCCAAUCAAAGGUGGGAGAUUUUAAAUUAUUUAAAGUCAAUAGUUAAAAUGCAGCCUCCAGCAUGUUGUAGGUUCUAAAAAUAUUUUUUAAUUAAAUCUAUUAAUUGUUCUAUUGAGGGUUAAAUUAUUUAAGUCACCAGGUGGAACAAAACCCAGCAGGUAUGGGUGUCUCCAGAACCAGAACUGGGAUCCCUUAAAUUAGAUGGUUUUAAUUCUUGAUGGUUAAUGUAGGAAGAGGAAUUUGACUUUUGUUUAGUUACAUAGUUAAGUACCAUUUAAACUAGUAGUGUUGACCAAUUUGUAUGUAUUUUGCUCCCAGAACUAUUUGCCUUUAAACGUCUCCCAUGUCAACCCUCGUAAAAAAACAAAACAAUUGUUUUAGUAGCUGGAUUAAAUCUUGUCUCGCAUAACGUGAUGCCUUGUCCUUUGCUCCAAGAUGUUCAUUGUUUUGUAUCAGCUAAUUAGAUAGAUACUUUACUGUCCACAGCUGUGGAAAUUUGUCUUUGGCUUCUCCCACAGAAGUGCAAAGCAUACAAUUUAAACUGUGCCCAUUUAAUACAAAAUCUGUAUUGUCUCAUUCCAUUUUUUCUUUGAUAAUAUUGUUUCAAUUUUAAUCUCAAAUUAAAGACACAUCCCUCUAGGAGAAGCAGUUAAAAGGCUAGAAGGGUAAAACAUAUUCUGCUAACAUUGAAUAAAUGGGGAUUUCAACUUGUUUAGUCAUCAGAUAACAAACCAAGUAAGAGUUGAUUAAGUGGACAUAAUUAAGAAACUGUAAUUACAGCUUUAAAACCAGUCAGAGGAUGGCAAUACCUACAUUAUGUGAAACGAGCAGUCCUAGUUAGUUUUCCAGCUAAACCAUGUUCAUUUAUAUGGUUUAUAAUCUUUUGCUGGAUAUGCAGUACUUUUUUUUAAUUUUUUGCUUUCAAGGAGUGUCGAUAUUUAGUUAAGAUGUGUUUACUGACAUACCCUGAACAAAAUUAUGAUUGGAACUACAGUAUAACCUUGUAACUCUUGUAAUUCUUCAAAUACCUAUAAAAUGUAUUGGUUUAAAGUUGCUUGUUUUGGGAACUUUAUUUUUUUAUGGUCUGUUGCCUUUGGUUUGAAACUGUUGUGCAGCAGGAUUGUUCCUGUGCUUGAGCUGCCCUACGCGUGUAUUGUCAAAAUGCUAAAUAAAGGGUUUAUUUUUCUCAG